AUGGAUGCAGUAACAACCUGGUUUCAGAUAUUGAGUAGCACCUAUGUAUUCACUAGAUUGAUCAUUUUCUUUUCUUUUACAAAGGGACAUGCAGAAAGAGUGUGGGAUGAUUGGGAGAGUUUUGGCCCUUGUUCUCGAACCUGUGGUGGAGGGGUACAAUCUCGUCAAAGGAGCUGUAUAUAUCAAAGGUCAAGGUCAGGAAGAAAACAAAGUUGUGGUAGUGCUCGAGAGGAACGUGAAUAUAAGUCCUGUAAUACACAAGACUGUGAUGAGGGCAGUCUGGACUUCAGAGCAAUACAGUGUCAGGAUUUUAAUAAUGUCCCUUUUCUGGGCAAAGUUUACCAAUGGAGACCUUACUAUGAUGGAGAGAAGAGAUGCAGUUUACUCUGUUCAGCAGUCAACACCAGUGUGUACCAUGAGUGGAGUGAUAAAGUGAUAGAUGGCACUAAGUGUGACAGUCUGUCAGAUGAUCAGUGUGUGGAUGGAGCUUGUCAGGCAGCUGGUUGUGACAACGUACUCGGAUCUCGAGCGAGACGUGAUGUAUGUGGUGUGUGUAACGGAAAUGGAAAGUCGUGUAAACUCAUCCGAGGAUCAUUCACUAUUCCUCAGCUUUACUCAGGUUACAAUGAAGUCAUCACUUUGCCAAAAGGAUCAACAUCAAUUUUGCUAAAAGAGAUGAAAUUCAGUCCAAAUUAUUUAGUUUUGAAAAGUAGUGAUGAAACAUUCAUAUUAAGUGGGGAACAUUAUGAUGGUAAACCAGUUCUGAUGAACAUUGGAGGAACCAGUUUAUUGUAUACACUGGAAGGAUCAGGCCGGAACCUCGUGAAGAAACUAAAAGGACAGGGCCCAACUAAAGGCAGCAUACAGAUCUAUAUGAUGGCUAAGGAAGAGAAGAAUCCUGGGGUGUGGUAUGAGUUAUACAUCCCUCUGUCUGGAGGAGAGCCUCGAUUUGAACCCAGAAGUUUACCCAUUAGUUACAGACAAAACCUACACCAGGGGCAGGCAGAAUUAAGAUCCAGUGGUAUUGGAGAAUCCACUCAAUCCAGCUUUUCUUGGAAUUUCGGCGGAUGGACGCAGUGCUCCACCAAAUGUGGAGAAGAUUAG